AUGUUGGAGCUCACCAAGAUGGAAAGUGCUGUGGCACCUUCCACACUUCUGCAGCCUACGCAAGCCAAGUCAACACCAUGCUCUGCGCAUUGUUCGGCUGUCACGUUAUACAGACCGCCGGAGAAGAUCCCGGGUCUUUCCAAUACAAUUCCGAACUUGAUUGCGGUUUCAAGCACAGAAUUCGAUAGGUGGGGGCGGAAUGUUAAAGUACCGAAACUUGAUGGGGAGAUCGAGCACAUAAUCCAACCAAUGACAACCUGUUUCCCUUUGCUUGACGCACCAGAUAACUGGCGGUCUUUUGUCCAUCCCGAAGGCGCUCUCUACUUUUUCGAUGACUCCCGGACUAUACCAGUGCUUACAGAUGGCUAUCUUUAUGAUAAGCACAUUUCCGGUUUUAUUGAAAGCUACAUCCGACGCAUUAUGGAGUACAUUUCCUCAUACGAGAUCACUUUGCCUUCCCAGACGGUCCUCGUCUUGGAACAACGGGAAAACGGGAAAUGUGGUUACUACUUUGCUGACCAUUCUCAUCAAUGCAUAUUUUGGCUUGAUGAUUUCGAUGCAAAUUCAUUGGUGUACGAGGUGAAGACAUGUCCUACCACUUCCCACCUUGGCCAAGAAAUUAGGUCUCAGUAUUGGCUCCACAAUGAGCUCUUUCCUCAUGUACACGACGUUCCGGGUGAAGCCCUCCGGGAGCUCACAGACAUCCUUACACACGCCAUUGGCGAUUCUCUGACUUCUCAAUCGGCAACUGUGCCAUACAGCUUAGAUGUGUUGAAAGAUAUGUUAGCAUUGGUGAAGGACAUCCGAGAACAGGACGGCCCUACACCUGGCUCUGCUUGUGUCAUCUAUCGUCUUCUCGGCACUUUUUAUCACGAACGCUACUUAAAUCUCCAUGGCGAACAGGCUGCACGACUCAAUCGAGAGCAAUCAAUUUAUCGGGAGAGAAAUAGAUCGCUAUUUAUCAAGAUCAUGUCGCCAUUUCUACUUUAUGCACCAGAAAAUCAUUUAAGAAAGCUGCUAAAAAUAUCCGUGGAUUCUUUGGUCAAUCAGUCCUCCUGGUUCCAGUUUCUUCAGAAAAUGACGGAUGAAUGGAAGGAGUUGACUCUAUACGCAACCGUGUUAUUGAAUGCUAAUGUCGCCUUCCUGGCAAUCCAGAGCGUCGAUAAUGCUGCAACCAAUGGACAUCGUUCAAAUGCUCAGCGAGCCAGCUAUUUCUCGAUCGUCACCAGUAUCGGGGCUAUCAUUCUUGGCUUGCUCUUAGUGCGACAACAUCAUACCACCCUUACUCCAAGUUUUUUGGUCAACCGGAGUAUCUCUGGCCUUGGGCUUGAAACCUUGUCGGUGAUGUACAGCCUUCCGUAUGCUUUCUUGAUGUGGGGAACACUUGCGUUCCUUGCCGCCUUUUCCUUCACGUGCUAUUCCUCUGGCGACAAGAUCGUCAUGGUCCUCAUUAGCAUCGCAUGGGUGGCAAGUUGCGUUCUUCUUUUGUGGACAAUUUCUGUUUCAUUUGAAGAUCAACCUUACUACUACUCAUGGCCUGCUCGACUGUGGUGGCGAUUCGCAAAGUUUAUUCGCCAGCAGUAUAAUGCAGGCCUCGAAAGGAUAACUCGCCCGCACAACAAGGAGGACGCUUCUCCUGCAUAA